AUGCGUAGAGCCAGGUCGACGACCCCCACCAACACUAGAGGUCAUACUAGAUCACCUACGGUUACAGCAUCCAAUGCGAGUAUACUAAGAUGGGCAUCAUUGACGGCUACUGAACAAGAGCAUCUGGCGAGUAUACUCGACAAUCAUGGUAUACAAUUCCGUAAAAUAAUGGCUAGGGGUGGCCACGUGUUCGAGGCCUUUGGGGACACUGGUCAUGAUCGGCGACAUCCUCCCGCAGUGUUCAACACUGACCUAGACGCCAGUGGUGGAGGGAAGCUACAUAGGACGAUGGAAGCCUUCUAUGCUGAUAGGGGUGUUAAGGAUGCCACUGUGCAAGCAGCUAAGGCAUUGCAGUCUACAGGACAAUCUCAAACAUCAGUCAAUUGGCUUACUGAUAGACUAGGCUUGCGUAGACUCACCGAGCAAGGUACAUUGGAGACCUUACUGCUGGCACAUCGUUCUAGAGAGGCUGAUAUGAUGGUUGAUAAGUCAUCCAAGUCUGUAAAUCAUCCUAUCAUAAUACAGCUGCCACUCAGUGAUAUCGAGUCCCUGGCUAAAAAGUACAUCGCCCUCUGGGUCUAUCACCAUCAACGUCCUGAAGUCCUUGCAGCAACGAGGUCUUCGCAGGGGCCAUUGGGUUCUCCUGCUCCUGCUGCUGCUGUACAUGCCGGUGUCCUACCACAGGACCCAUCCACCUCAUACGAUGACAAUGGAGUCUUGAAUGAGUACAUGUCCCCUAGUGACGAUGGUCAAUCUAUCAUAUCUGACUACCUACAGUCAAUACAACAAUAUCGUAAGGCUCGACAAGAGCUAGAGACAAAAGCAGCAGCUACGGCAAUACCAGGCCAACAUACGUUGGAAGGUAGUCAUAAAGCAGCAGAGCUCACUUGGGUUGUGGCUGAUAUGCUACAUGCUUGUCAACGCUCGAUGAUCGACUCGGUCAAAGAGGCACGGCAAUCAUCCCGUCAUCCUUUGAAGCUACCAUGUCGUGACUUUGAUGCAGCAUUAGAGCCCUGUGUUCACACUCUAUUACGAGAGGAGAGUACACUACUCGUCAGUAGAAUAGAUCCUGCUAUCAGUGAUAUACGACUACCACCAGCCUCUGGACCACUAGUAGCUGAUGCUCUGAAUGCAGUGGCGAGUCAUAUUACGACUACUGCUGAUGAGCUAGUGCAGAUUAUUAUGGAUGGCAGUGUUGAUAAUUGGAUAACGGCACUCAGCAGUCUUCUCCUAUUUCAACAGUCACCACAGCCAAUUGACAAGGAUGGGAUAUUGAACGCAGAUACACCUGUUUACCAAAAACUAGUACGAUUGCGUGAUUCUAUAUUAGCUGAUGAAUCGGGCACUUUGAGGCAGGCAGCAGUACGUGAGUUCUGUGAGACCCUACUGUCUAGUUCCGUACUAGAGACCUAUUGUGCUCAAUUAACGAGGCGUGAGCUCCUUGAGAUAUAUGAGAUAGAGAUCAUGUUCCGGGUUCAGGAUAAGGAUGGUGAUGGGAGAAUAGAUGCAGCAGAGCUUGCUGAUGUCUGGAAGGAUGCACUAAGGAAGGGCAGAUCUAUCGAUGCAGGGUUGAUGGCUAGUGAGGUUGCACGUACGUUGGACAUUAUGGAUAUCGAUGGUGAUGGCACUGUUGAUCUAGAAGAGUUCAAGCAUGCUAUGCUGGUCAAUGGUACUAUGCCUCACCAUCUUAUGGAGGUCAAUGAGCUCCUGCGUCGAAAGCUACAGAAGGAUCCUCUUCUACUCCAUGACAUUAUUGACGAAUUCGUGCGGCUAGACACCAGCGGUGUAGGUAUCCUCUCGUAUCAAGAUAUCUAUGAUGGAUUACUAUCUCGCCUUGGUGACGAUGGCAAAUCUAAGAUAGAGGCAUUGAGAGAUAUGGAUCUGGAUGGUAGUGGGUCCAUCGACUAUUAUGAAUACCUUUACUAUACGUUGGGUAGACGUAAGGAGAAAGUUGAGUUAUUAUUUUAUGAUAUAUCCAACGGUGCCUCUAGGACCUUGGGCCCAAUACUAUUCGGCCAUAGAGUUGAGGGUAUCUGGCAUACAAGCAUAGUCGCAUUCAAUAAGGAAUGGUGGUAUGGUGGCAAUGUAUUCCGUAGUGUACCGGAGACCACACCCUUUGGAACGCCUAUCAAGCGUAUCCAACUUGGCUACACCCUCCAUACUCAGCGAGAACUCUAUAAUGUGCUAGUGGAAAGGCUGUCCUUGGAGUACACUCCGGAGAGCUAUGAUGUUAUGACCAACAACUGCAAUAACUUCACUAAUGAUGUGUCGAUGUUCCUACUACACAAGGGUAUUCCACAAGACAUAUUAGACCUACCUUACCGGCUCAUGAGUAGUGGUCUGGCUAGGAUACUCAGACCCUUCCUUAAUCAUUGGCUUGGUGGCUUCGGUGAUGACGGUGUAUCCAAUGAGGAGAACCUUCUACACAGCCUAGCUGAUAAGCUAGCAUCUGGUGACCUAUCCGCCGUCAACACUAUGGUUCAUUACUCACCACAAGAGGCUGGUGGUUCACCACAGAUUGUACAGAUAACUGCGGUGAAUAGGAAAAAGAAAACUGCUACUGUCAGACGUUUCGAGUAG